CAAGCUGAUGUCGGGGGCGCGCAGUUGGGGGACUUAGUGGAGCAGCUCGGACAAAAAUGAAUUAGACACGAAGCUGGAACAAAUGAUGACUGUGGAUUUGGUUUAUUCUGUGUAAAUAUAGAUGAUAAUGUAUUGUUUUGUCCAAGCAUAUGACUUUGGAGGGCUGUUUAUACAAGCUCAGCAGCACUGAGGAUGAAGAAGACCUGCUGUCACUUCUCAUAUGAAUGCUGAAAUUGUGGCUUGGAUUCACUGGAGCUGAAGGGUUGGAGUGUCCCGACGCCCUAAACAUGUAUGCAGGACGAAAAAGAAGAAAACCCGUGCAAAGGACGGUGAAGCAGCCCCCAGCUGAAGGGGUGAAGUCUAACCCGUCCAAGCGUCAUCGAGAUCGGUUGAACUCUGAGCUGGACCGGUUGGCCAGUCUCCUUCCGUUUCCAGAGGAGGUCACGAGCAGCCUGGACAAACUCUCCAUCCUGCGGCUGAGUGUCAGUUAUCUACGUGCUAAGAACUUCUUCUCUGUCGCUCUGAAAAACCACAGCUCCAAUGGUUUGUCGGCAAACAACAGUAAUCGUGACAACAUUAAAGCAACAGGAUUGGUUGACGGCUGGCUGCAUGAGGGAGAGCUCCUACUACAGGCUCUCAAUGGCUUUGUGUUGGUGGUCACCGCUGAAGGGAUAAUUUUCUACUGUUCUCACACCAUCCAGGAUUACUUAGGAUUCAACCAGACAGAUGUGAUGCAUCAAAAUAUGUUCGAACUCAUUCAUACUGAAGACCAGCAGGCCUUCAAACACAACUUGCACUGGGCCUUGAACCCGCCUCCAACCAGCACGCAGACAGAAGAAUCCCCACAAGAUGGAGAUCCUGCCCCAAGUAUGUCGCUGGUGACGUGCAACCCUGACCAGCUGCCUCCCGAGAACUCCUCUUUCCUGGAGAGAACUUUUGUUUGUCGUUUCCGAUGCCUCCUAGACAAUUCUUCAGGAUUCCUGGCCCUGAAUCUUCAAGGACGUCUGAAAUUCCUGCAUGGGCAGAACAGGCGACUGGAUGACGGAGGCCAAAUGCCGCCCCAGCUCGCCCUGUUUGCCAUAGCGACACCCCUACAGCCUCCUUCCAUAAUGGAGAUCCGAACCAAGAACAUGAUUUUCAGAACCAAACACAAGUUGGACUUCACCCCUAUGGCCUGUGAUGCUAAGGGUAAAAUCGUUCUUGGCUACACCGAGGCAGAGUUGCGAGUUCGAGGUUCUGGGUACCAGUUCAUCCAUGCAGCUGAUAUGCUGUAUUGUGCUGAGAACCAUGUCAGGAUGAUCAAGACUGGAGAAAGCGGCCUGACUGUGUUUAGACUGCUUACAAAGGACAACCGCUGGAAAUGGGUACAAGCUAACGCUAGACUCGUCUACAAAAAUGGCAAGCCUGACUACAUCAUUGCCACCCAGAGGCCGCUUGUAGAAGAAGAGGGCGGAGAGCAUUUGAGGAAGCGAUCUAUGCAUCUUCCAUUCACCUUUGCUACUGGAGAAGCUCUGCUGUACCAAAUCAGCUACCCCAUGCCAGGCUUCCCUGACACCCUUCAGGGCAAAAGCAAGAACAACAAAACCAAAAAGAGCAAGAUAGACAAAAGUUCAAAGGAUGAUCUGGACCCAAGUUCUCUGCUGGGAGCCAUGAUGAGACAAGACGAGUCUGUUUAUGUUUGCCAACCUGCUAUGGAGCCUAGAAUGUCAUUCCACAGUAGCCUCUUCAGUGAACAAGUAGAGACUAAUACCUUCUCUUCUUCUGUGGAAAAUGAAAGUUGGAAUCCAGCGCAGAAUGGUGUAACUGCAGUUUCCAAACAGGAGCCAUCAAGUUUUGACCCACUACUAGCAACAUUAGACUCUCUGUCCCUGGAAAAUGAGGAAAGCUGCUCCAACAGUGAGCUAUUCAUUGCCCUGGAAAACCUUGGACUCAAUGCAGAGGACCUAGAAUUGCUGCUUCUGGAUGAGAGGAUGAUCCAGGUAGAGAUGGAAGCGGAUUACGUCCCAUCUCUGAACGAUCUUCUCACCAACAACGAAAUCCUUUCCUACGUCCAAGAUUCACUGGAGAAUCGGAUCGAGGACUCGACGGAUGCUCAAAACCCUGCCAUGGCAUUAGAUUCUGUUGAACCCCCUGAGCCAUGUUCUGCUUCUGAGUCAGCUUCUCAGAUUACUUCAUCCAUGCCUGAUCCUCAUGUACCUUUCUGGCCACAAAAACAGAUAACACCCAUAGUUCAUCUCUCACAGCGUAUGCAGCAACAUCUCAAUGGCCAGUCAGUUUGCCACAAAACUGAGAGCUGGAUCCAGGCACCAAUACCUCAGGUGUCUACAACAGACUCUGAGACAACUACAUUUACCCAGCAUGAUACUUUGUUGGUAAACCCGGUACCAGCUGUACACAAUGGCCACUGGGUCUCUGAACACACACAAGCGAACUUGAACUCUCAACUUGGUGACAAGAUAACAGGAACUAGUAAAGCACAAUCACAGCAAUGGCAGCACAACCAGUUGCUUGACCCAUUCCAGUAUAAACAAAAAACAGCUGUGGGUAGUGAUACCCCUCCAAACGGGGUCUACAAUGAUCCCCAGUGGCAUGGAUACAACUUCCCAGACCAGUUGGUCACAAAUGGACCAUGUUUUCCCAAUGGCCAGUUGACGCACACACAAACAGUGGGUUCACAUGUAGAUUACAAUAUAACCGACAAUUCUGGGGUGGAGUUUACGAUGAACAUCAGUACAGCUGGGGAUGUAGGUCAGUUUCAGGGAGCCAUGGCCUCGUCUUCGUCCUAUCAGCAGGGUUAUCAGAAACAGCAGCAGCAGCCAAAGGUCGCACCCACUUAUUACAGCUCCUAUACCAAACAGAACUCCUCUCUGGAGCAUAUCCUGGGAUUAGCCCCACCUUCAGACCUCCCCUCGUUGACAGAUUAUAGCUCGGAACUGACACAUGAUGCCACCCACAGUAAGAUGGAGACGGGCUUUAUACUCAACUCCGCUAGUGUGGCCUACACAGGAAGUUGUUUGGUCCCCAACGGCAAUGCAGUGGCCACAGCUGGCAACAGUCCCCACCCCCUUCCUGAGCCACUCCCACCUCCCCCAGACCCUCCAACCACUGGUUUCUACCUCUGAACACACUCAAUACAGAUCCGUCCGAAAAGAUGCCAUCAAUCAUGAGAAGACUGUCAAAUAAAUAAUAAAAAAGACAAAAUAAUAAAAAAUACAAUUUAAGAUUUUUUUAGAUUUGCUUAUCCACUUGAAUAAAUCAAUUUUAAUUUAAAUUAAAAUGAGCCAGACUGACCUCUGGAAUAUCAAACCAAUUGCUGAAUACUCCACCCAAGAUAAUGUGAUCGCACUCUCAUUUAUAUUAUUAAUUCAGUUAUGAAUGAAGUAUAUUCUGAUUAUUUCUCUCAGUGUCAUUAAUGCUUUUUGAGACUAGGGAAAUUUCUCCAGUUGGCAGAUGCAGUUUGUAUGUCGUCUGUAACAGGUGCUUGUUGGGAUACGUUUGUGUGUAAUAUGUGUGUGAGAUGUCAGUCUCCAUUAAUUGGGCUUUAUUCAAAAUUGUUAGAAAAACUGUUUGCGUGACUUGCGAUGCAACGUCUGUAAAUCACGUAGGAGCAUAUGCAACAUAUAGCUCUUACAAAACUGAUUGUCCUGAAACGCAGUAAAUGACUGAUGUUUAUAUGAACAGAAGACUGGGAUGCAUAUUUAUUUAUGGGAAAAAAAGCAAGGGUGUUAACUUCCGUUUACUGAAAGAAUACUUAUGUGCGAUGUCAAUAAUAAAGCAGUUUAGCAGUAUGAAAAAUAAUGAGACUCUUCUGUAGAUGUCACUUGUAGAUCUGAACCCUUCUCGCUAUUACAUUUUGUGUGAUUAGAUUUUGGAAAGAUGAUUCUAGAUCAAAUUCAGCUUACCUUUUAGAUACAGGUGUUCAUGUGUAUAGUGAAUCCAGAAGCAACCCAGUCUUGUGACAAACGCGUAAUAAUUUGUAAGAGUUAACCAGGUAAAUCAGAUAAAUGCAUAGCAUAUGUACAUGCAAGUGGACUUGUACAUGUUAUAUUGCCUUUAAAUUGAUUGGUUGAUUUGUCUCAAAAUAGACACAACAGUAAGAAUCGUGCAUUUUAUACAAAUAUAACAGUCAAUUGGGGUAAAAAUUUUAC